AUGAUAUACAAGUUGAAGAUAUAUUUAUCCUCGUCUGAAGAAGAUGUUGAUGAAGAUUCUUAUGACUUAAUAGUAUUUCGUUAUCUCACAAUUAAAGUAGCAACAAAUAACUUCUCAAAAGAAAAUAAGCUUGGAGAAGGUGGAUUUGGUACAGUGUACAAGGGAAAAUUACGCAAAGGACAGGAAAUAGCUGUCAAAAGACUCUCAAAAACCUCAAAUCAAGGACUUGAAGAGUUCAAAAAUGAGAUUACGCUCACCGCAAGACUACAACAUGUAAAUUUAGUCAGACUUUUUGGUUACUGCACAAAAAGGAAUGAGAAGCUUCUUGUCUACGAAUACCUCCCAAAUAAAAGCUUAGAUCAUUUUCUCUUUGAUCCAAGGAAAUCAAGUCUUCUAGAUUGGAAGAAACGCGUGAAUAUCAUUGAAGGGAUUACUCAAGGCCUUCUGUAUCUCCAAGAGUACUCAAAUUUUACUAUAAUCCACCGAGAUCUUAAAGCUAGUAAUGUUUUGUUAGACCAUCAGAUGAAUCCUAAGAUAUCUGAUUUUGGACUUGCUAGAAUUUUUGAAAAGAAUGAACUUGAAGCAAAUACAAGUAGGAUUGUGGGAACAUAGUAAGUAAAUCAUAAUCAAUAAUGUGUUACCAAUGUUUGUUCCCUCGAUGUCUCUAAUUACUCUAUUGGCUUUUGUAGUGGGUGUGUACCACCCGAGUAUGUCAGAAAAGGCAUAUACUCACCCAAGUAUGAUGUUUAUAGUUUUGGAGUCCUUCUUUUGCAAAUCAUAAGUGGGAAGAGAUCUUCACAUUAUUACAGCUUAGAUGAAAAUAUGAACCUUUUAGAAUAUGUAAGUUAUCUAUGUGAAAUAAUAAAAAUUUAUUUUUCUAAUAAUA